AUGCUUGAUAAAAUUUUUAAUUCCAGUAAGUCGUAUGAUUACAAAGUUCCAUCAAACUACUUCGACUACCAGGCAACAACACCAAUAGAUCCACGUGUUCUGGAGGCAAUGGAUCCGUACAUGAAGGAGCAGUUUGGGAAUCCCCAUAGCAGAACCCACUCAUUUGGAUGGGAAUCAGAAAAAGGACUUGAAACAGGCAGAAAGCACGUAGCUGAUAUGAUCAAUGCUGAUGCAAAGGACAUCAUCUUCACAAGUGGAGCCACAGAGGCAUGCAAUUUGGCACUGAAGGGCAUAGCUGAAUAUUAUGAUCAUGAUCUACAUAUCAUUACACAGCAAACAGAACAUAAGGCAGUGCUUGAAACAUGCAGAUAUCUGGAAGACAAGGGCGUAGCUGUGACGUAUUUGCCUGUGAUGAAAGAUGGAAGAGUUUGCAUGAAAAAGUUAAAGGCAGCUAUUACACCAAAAACAAAGCUCAUUUCAAUAAUGGCAGUUAACAAUGAAAUUGGUGUAAUGCAGCCAUUGGAGGCUAUUGGAGAAGUAUGCAAGGAGAAGAACAUCGUAUUCCACACUGAUGCAGCACAGGCAUUUGGUAAGAUACCAAUUGACGUAAAGAAGAACAAUAUUGGACUAAUGAGCAUUUCAGGCCACAAAAUUUAUGGUCCAAAGGGAAUUGGAGCAUUGUAUGUCAGAAGAAACCCACGUGUGAGACUGGUGAAGCAGACGUAUGGUGGAGACCAAGAAAGAGGACUUCGUGGUGGAACAGUUCCAACAUUUCUGGCAGUUGGUUUAGGAAAAGCAGCUGAAUUGGCUAGAAAUGAAAUGGAGGAAGACGAAAGCAAGGUCAGGAGAUUGAGUAAGGUGUUCGUGGACAAGCUGAGAGAGAAGUUGGGGGACGAAAUGGUCGUGAAUGGAGAGAAUACGCUAUCAAAUUGCGUGAAUAUCUCAUUCCCAUACGUAGAAGGAGAGGGGUUGCUAAUGAAGUUGAAAAACUACGCUUUGUCCUCAGGAAGUGCCUGCACGAGUGCGUCAUUGGAGCCAUCGUAUGUUUUAAGGGCUCUUGGAGCAUCAGACGAUCUGGCUCAUUCCUCAAUACGAUUUGGAUUUGGUAGGUUUUCAAAGGAAGAAAAAGUUAAGGAAUUGGCUGAGAAAACAGCAAAUGCCGUGACCGAAUUGCGUGCGAUGUCACCUUUGUAUGAAAUGGUGAAGCAAGGCGUUGAUUUGAAUACAAUUAAAUGGAGUGCAUGA